CUUUUUAGACUUAGCGUAAUACUAAGGGUUUCUCGAUUCCUACACUUCACACAAAGAACGUUCGUUUCGAGACCUUACAGAAAAUCUACCACAACAACAAUCCACAAUGGCGAUCCUUCCAGCAACAAAGACUACCGGCUUUCUAAAGAUAGUCAAACAAACCAUCCAUCUACGCUGUCACGUGAAACCCAAUGUCAGCGCGUCAAGAGCAGGCGCCAUCAAGCCGUUUUCAGACACAUCUUCCUCACUCGAAGUAUGUGUCGCUGCACCAGCACGAGAUAAUGAAGCAAAUGAACGGGUCGUUGAACUUCUCAGCGAUGUAUGAAAUUUGGUUUCUUAAUGUCUGAUUUUAUUGUUACUCGUUUUACAAUAUGAUGUGAAAGGUUGAUUUUUUGACAAUAUCUAGAUAUUACUAUGUCCAAAAACAGACUUGGAAGUUAUUCGUGGAAAGAAAUCGAUGGAUAAGGUUAUUGCGUAUAAAAGCUUAGAAGGUUUAUGGAUAAAUGAUGCUAUUGCUAAAGUGACUGUGAAGGAGCUUAGACAACGCUUGCAGGAAGCAAGUAGAGAUGCCGAGGCUUGAUAGAUUAUGGAAACUCGUUUUUUUCCAUCUUUGUCAAUAGUACGCACAAUAUGAUGAAUCUUUCAAUCGACCUACAUAACCUAUUUUUCAAACCU